AUGAAGACAGCGAUCACUAAGCAGCAACAAACUAUCGAUCAGCUUCCAAAAGGUUGUGUGAAGCCGAUGUUUGUGUUCGUUGUGAUGACACUACUCGGUAAGGAUGUCUAUAAACUGCGCAAUGAGCAAUACGAACGACGCUUUUCGUUGAGUACAGCGUUGCGCAUUGGCAUUCAUUCGUGUAAAGCGAUUCAAGAAUUGCACCAAUGCAAAUUCUUAUCGCGCGAUAUUAAACCAUCCAAUUAUGCGGUUGGACUUCGUGAGAACAAUCAACACAAAACUAUUUUCUUGUUCGAUUUUGGUUUGGCGCGACGAUUUGUGGAUCGCUCUGGGAAGCACGUGAAAUCACGAGGUGAGGUUGGUUGGCGAGGUACGAACCGGUACGGCUCAUUGAACGCACAUUUGAGAUUGGAUCUGAGCCGACGAGACGAUCUCGAGUCUUGGUUCUAUAUGCUUGUCGAAAUAUCGCGUGGAGCGUUACCGUGGAGGUUCGUUAAAGAGCGCGAAGCAGCUGAAAAGGCGAAAAAACAUGCGAGGGGUGCCGGACGAUGCGAACUUUUGCAGAAAUGUCCGAAACAGUACGAUGAAAUUUUAAAAAUGAUUGAUGCACUAGCAUUUGAAGAAGAUCCAGAUUAUGAUCGUAUUUACUCACUGUUCGAUGAGGUACGUGAAAGUAAUCACAUAAAGAUGGAAGAUCGUUACGACUGGGAAGAGGAAAGCGAGGUCACGUCGAGCGGUAGUACUGUCGGCGGUGUCCAAUUAGAAGCUCUCCUUCAGCGUGCCCACUUGAAUCUUGAACAGAAUAUCGCAGAUGCAAGUGCCAAAGUGGAUACAAAACAACAACAGCAUGCAUACGUUCGAACAAAAGAAACAUUGCACGCCUGA